AUGCGUAUAGGUCAAGUGUUGAGUCUCGUUCUUGUAGUUAACUGUGGCCGUCUACUGGCCAAAAUCUGCCCUCUUGACUGGCACCGAAACGGCGAGUCAUGUUACUUCAUCAUAAAGGACAAGAUGGAUUGGUACAAAGCAAGGAGCACUUGUGUCGAGUCAAGAGCAAACCUGCUCAUCCCAAAUUCAAAAUCCGAACAGGAUUACAUAUGGGAACUGGUGCUGAAAGAGUUUGAUCAGAUACCAGACGCCAGUCUCUGGAUUGGUUGUAAUGAGGAGGGAAACUGGCAGCACUGUCCGUUGAAGGGCGAACCCAACGCCUAUGAGAACUGGGCUGAUGGACAACCCGAAGGGGGAGAAUGUGGAGCGUUGUGGUCAGAUAAACAUGGUAAAUGGGAUGAUUAUUUGUGCAGUGGCCUCUACUACGCAAUUUGCGAACAACCUGUCAGAAACACCCAGAAGUUCUGCCUUCAGACCGGCAAAGACGGCCGCCUUGUUUCCCCGGAGCAUUCUUCACCACGUCAUUAG